UUAAUAGAGGGUAGGGCAUUAAUGAGUAAAAUUGGGGAUAAUUGGGAGCGAUUAAUAAAUAUUUUAUUAUUAAAAGGAUGUGGUUUUCACACUUCGAAUGAGACGGGAGAAUUAAUUUAUGAACGGACUGCCCCUAGUCCAUUGUUCGAUAGAUGGACUUGUACUUGGCAUAUAGAAAUGUUUGACACCAGAAAAGUUUUACAAAUAAACUUUCUCAAUCUCACUGCUCCUCAUUUAUUUGAAGUUACAUCAAAGGGAUGUGAGAACGCUUUUGUUACCUUAACUAUUUUUGAUGGCGCUGAUCCAUUGCAAAGUCCCACACUAGCUUCUACACAAAUCGUAAAUAUGUGCCAUGGAGAGGAUUUUGAAAUGCCAUUUAAACAUCCACUUUUUACUUCAACUAAUAAAGCAGUCAUUCGUUUAAGUAGUCGAAUUCAAGGUCGAAGUACUUUUUUACAUCUCAAUUGGACAGCUAAAAUGCCAAGUUGUGGUGGCAGGUUUUCCAGCCCCAAUGGGGGAAGGAUUGAUUAUUAUUUGGAAAGCUCUCGAGGUGACGAGGAAGAAUUGUUGGGGGAUAAAGCCUGUAUUUGGUAUGUAAAUGUUCCACCUCAAUUCCAUAUCGAGUUGAGUCUUCAAGUUCUUCGAUUACCUAGUGCAGAGACUAUAUUUGACAGUCAAAUGCCAUCAAACAAAACACUUUCCUCUCAAAAAUGCUCUUCUUUGCCAACUAAGGAAGCUCCAACAAUUGUACGAACAUCCGGUCCUUUUGCUACUAUUUACCUUCGAAUAGAUGGGCAACAACAACAAUUUUUUAAUAAAAAAUGUGGAACUUCCUGCACAUCUAUUGGUUUCACUAUUGUUUACAAAACAAUUGAAUUGCCAACUGGUUGUGGGGGCAAAAUACAAGCAGAAGAAUCUUCCUCAUUACUUCAAUCACCCAAUUAUCCACAUAUUUAUUUUCCUAAUUUGGAUUGUCUUUGGAUUAUACAACCAAAAAUUAUAUCAAAUAAUAAUACAGAGGAUAAUGAUGAAAAUAAUAAAUUAAUAAAUAAUAAUGAGGGGAAUGAUGGGGAUCCUUAUUUGGUAGAUCAAAAAGUGGAGAUUUUCUUUAAACAUUUUGAUGUGCCUACAACUGUUACUCAGUAUUCAAAUCCCCUCCUUCGCCAUGUAACAAUAAAUUCCUGUAUUGGAGAUUCUCUACAAAUUGUUGAGAAAGAAUUAACUUAUUGCAAUAUGCAAAAGCCUUCACUAAAUUUGCCUAUUGUAGCUCCUUAUCUUUCUUUAAAAUUCCACUCUGAUUCUUCAAUUGGUGGAUCUGGAUUUUCUAUACGUUAUCGUUCUGUUUGUCAAAAAGAUUUUACUUUGCCGAACGGCACAAUAUCUCCACCAAACUAUCCCGGCCCAUCAUCCCAACCCUUUAAAUGUACUUAUAGAAUUAUUGCAAAGCCAAGUCAGGCUAUUCGUUUACGCUUUGACAAAAUUGGAUUUACUACAAGUUUUGGUUCUUGUUUCUAUAAUUUUCGUCAAAAUAAUCCACAAAUUCAAGAUUAUGUUGAACUUUCUGGAGGCCAUUCAUCUAAUGAAGUGGCGAAUAAACGUUAUAUUUGUCCUCGUUACCCUUUUGUGGCGCCAGGAGGAGAAAUUGUGACUAGUGGAAUAAGACCGUUCUCCAUUACAUAUAGUUCUGUUUUUAAAGAAUCGAAUGGGGUUUCUGGUUUGGGUACAAGUGGUUCUCCAACAAAUAAAGGGUUUCUCUUCUAUUAUGAGACAUUUAACGUUGGUUGUGGUGGUGUAUUUACAAUAAAUGAAAACGGAGAACAAAAAAUUACAAUAACUAGUCCAAACUAUCCAGAACCUUAUAUUCCAUUUAUGUAUUGUGUUUAUUUCCUUCGAGUACCAAUUGGAAAAGCUGUCCGUCUUAGUUUUGAUGUUUUUGAUAUAGAAAAUGUUGCCCAUAGGGAUGAUUGCGAUUUUGAUAAUGUUAGGGUUUUUGAUACUUAUACUGAUGAUAAUGAACAUGGACAGUUACUUGGAAAAUUUUGUGGAAAAUCCUUGCCACCUCCAUUAAUUUCCAAUUCGGGGCAAAUGGCUGUCGUCUUCAUUAGUGAUCGUUCUGUGAGCGGUUCUGGUUUCUCAGCAAAAUUCCAAGCAAUUGAUUUGACUUCACAUUGUGACAGAACAUUUACAGCAUCCUCAGGGGAAUUUGUUUUCGAUUUUAGAAAUUUUGAGCAAAAUGAAUAUUGUAAUUAUAAAAUUCAAAUUUCUUCAAAUCGUCGUAUUCUUUUAAAUAUUUUAAAUAUUUCUUCUCCUUGUGAUUAUGGAACUUUAAUGGUUCGGAAUGGCCCUUCAGAAUCCUCUCCAGGGUUUGCUGGGCUUUAUGGAGAUUCUGAAAUUUGCAGCUGUGGUGGUCACAUAACAGGAUUUAGUGGAGCUAUUUCAACACCACAAUAUCCCUAUAAAGAUUCUCAUUCACUCCGUUGUGAAUGGUUGUUAGCUGUACCCUCAGGAAAUAAAAUUCAAUUCCAAAUAAUUAAAUUAGACAAUCUAGACUCUGAAGAUUCUGACGGGAAUUGUUCCCCUUUUAGUCGAAAUUUAUUAGAACUUUAUGAUAUAAAAUAUGGAGGAGAAAAUAGCAAAAAUGAACAUUUAAUUGAACGUUAUUGUAAACAAGAAACAACAAAUCCAUUACCGAUAAUCUCUUCCAGUAAUUCUUUAAAUGUUAAAUUCUCCCAACAUGGAGGUUCUCAUCAUUCGCCCAUUUUUGGAUUUUUUGCUGAAUUUUCUACUGUUUGUACUGAUAUUCUAUUGGAAGGAUUGCAUGGAACAUUACAAUCACCUGGAUAUCCACAACGAGUACUCUUACCUAGAAGUAAGAAAAAUUAUUGGAAAAUAUUUUUAAAUUAG